AACGCCAAUUGUGUGUGGGACAUGUAACUCGUUCUUCGUUCGAUUUGUUUGUUUGUUUGUGUGUGUUUAUCUGCCACAACAAAUAUCACAUCGAAUUUUCUUUUUCGUUGAAGAGAUUCCCAAAAAUAGUCAAUAAUUUAUUUUUUGUAAAAAAUUAAUUAAUUAGUUCGUGGAUCGCCUAUCCAUAUUAAUAUGGCUCAUAUUGGUGGUGGUGAUAUUGAUACAGAAUCGUUUUAUGAUAAUAAUCAAAAUAUUGAUGAUGAUUCGGAUGCACCUGAUACAAAAGUUUUUUACUACAAAAAAAGAUAUGAAGAAUUACAAGCAGAAUUCGAAGAAUAUCAAUUUAGUAGUCGUGAAUUGGAGAAUGAAUUGGAAACCCAAUUAUCACAUUAUGAGCGACGAAUUAAAGAGCUUGAACAGGGAAAUUCUCGUCUAGUGAAUGAAAAUGAUUUAUUGCGUAAUAAAUUGGAAAAAACAACAAUCGAAAGUAAUGAACAGACAAUUUUAUUGCAAGAAAAAUUGGCUGAAGUAACAUCGAUUAAUGAACAGUUAACAACGCAUAUAAGAGAAUUAGAACAAUCUAAUGAUGAUCUUGAGCGUGCUAAACGUCAUCUUGAUGCAACAUUAUCCGAUUUUGAUGCAAAAUUGAAUGAACAAAUUGAACGAAAUGAAUUAUUGGAGAGUGAAAUCGGUGAAAAAGAACAAUUACAAGUAGUGAUACAAAGGCUUAAAGAUGAAGCACGUGAUCUACGUUUAGAAUUGAUGAUACAACAAAAUGUAAAAAAUCCGAAUAAAUCUAAUAAGAAUAUUUCAUCAACGACGACACCUGAACAUGAAACAUCAUCGAAUCGUCGUGCAACAAUAUCAUCACCAUUAUCACCUGCAACCGCCACUAUUCAAUCCACGACAAUCAUUUCGAAUGAUAUGAAUAAUAAAAAUUGUAAAAUAUCAUCAACAACAAAUGGCACUGUGAUUCAUCAAAACAACAACAACAACAAUAAUGCACUGAAAACGCCAACAUCAAAUCAGAUACCAUUGUUAUCAGCUUCAUCAAGAAUUUCUGCAUUGAAUAUUGUUAGUGAUCUAUUAAGAAAAGUUGGAGCUUUAGAAUCGAAAUUGGCAUCAUGUAGAAAUAUAAUGCCCAUCAAUAGUCCAACAUCGGCCAACAGUACCGGUCUGAUGAAAACAACAAACAUCAUUACAACAAAUGGUACUACAGAUAAUAAAAAUAUUAAUAACAAUGAUCAUCAUAAUAAUCAUCACGGACAAACAACGACGACAAAAACAUUGAAAAAUAUCAAUGCAAAUGCUUAA